AUGGAUCUCUUCAAGAGACAGAAUGUCGCUGACCAAAACAACGACCCAAACAUUGGCGCUGCUCAAGAUCCAUCGAAGAAUUCGAACUCUGCUUCCACUGUACUAUCUACGCUAGCUCCAGUCGCGCUCAUCGCGCUAAUCUGGUUUAUCCUCUUCCUCAUCUUGCGGCGUAAAUUUCCUCAGAAGUAUUCGCCCAGGACGUUCUUGGGCACUUUGCGCGGAGCUGAACGCACGCCGAGUCUACCGAAUGGCUUCCUGAGUUGGUUCCCGGCGUUCUUCAAAAUCCCGGAUACUUAUGUCCUGAACCAUUCCUCCCUCGACGGCUACCUCUUCCUCCGCCUCUUAAAGAUUAGCGUUAUAUCAUGCUUCGUGGGAUGCUUGAUCACCUGGCCCGUACUGUUCCCAGUGAACAUUACUGGAGGCGGCGGUCAGCAGCAGUUGGACAUGCUAUCGUUCAGCAACGUAUCAAACAACUACUAUCGCUACUAUGCUCACGCUGGUUGCGCAUGGCUGUUCUUCGGCUUCAUCAUCCUCAUGAUCACUCGGGAGUCAAUCUUCUACAUCAACCUCCGCCAGGCAUACCUCAUGUCUCCCUUGUAUGCCAAGCGGAUGUCGUCGCGCACCGUCUUGUUCACCUCUGUCCCACAAAACUACCUCAACGAGGCCAAAAUCCGGGCAGUGCUCGGUGAACACGUACUCCGUGUUUGGAUCCCGACCGACGUCAGUGAACUCGAGGACAUGGUAGAGGAUAGAGAUAAAGCAGCGAUGAAGCUGGAAGGCGCUGAGACCAAACUCAUCCGAUUGGCAAAUGCCGCCAGGCUAAAGAGCAUGAAGAGUGGAGCUGGACACGAAGAGUCAAACGCAGGACUUGUUGACGACGAGGCUGAGUCAGGGUCUGCGGCAGCUCGCUGGAUUCAACCCAAGCAGAGGCCUACCCAUCGCUUGAAGCCUCUCAUCGGCAAGAAGGUGGACACCAUCAACUGGGCUCGCUCGGAGCUGCAACAUCUGAUUCCGGAGGUUGAGAAGGAACAAAAUCGGCACCGUGGUCUGGACGGCGCUAAACUUAUUAACUCGGUCUUCGUGGAGUUUGACAGCCUCUCGGAGGCGCAAGCUGCGUAUCAGAGCCUGACGCAUCAUCAGGUCCUGCAUAUGGCUCCGCGUUAUACUGGCAUCAACCCUGAAGAAGUCAUCUGGAGCAACCUUAGGAUCAAAUGGUGGGAGAGAAUCAUCCGCGUGAUCGCAACCACUACCUUCGUCGUCGUACUCAUCAUCUUCUGGUCGGUCCCUGUGGCAGUUGUCGGUGCCAUCUCGAAUAUUACCUUUCUCACAGAGCAGCUUCCAUGGCUUGGCUUUAUCAACGACAUUCCAGCAGCGGUGCGGGGCGUCAUUACGGGCUUGCUUCCUGUGAUUCUGCUUGCUGCACUUAUGGCCUUGCUACCUAUCAUCCUUCGCCUCAUUGCUAAAUUGGGAGGUGACCCUACGCGCUCUGCCGUGGAGUUGACUGUCCAGAACACGUACUUCGCCUUUCAGGUCAUUCAAGUGUUCCUCGUUGCAACCAUCGGUUCAGCGGCCUCCUCGGCUAUCCAAGAGAUUAUUCAGAACCCGGCAUCAGUGACCAGUUUGCUUUCGACACAAAUCCCUAAAGCUUCCAACUUCUACCUCGCCUACUUUAUCCUCCAGGGCCUCGGUGUCGUUGCCUCAAUAUUGGUUGGAUUGGCUGGUCUGGUCAUUGCUCUUGUAUUAAGUAAGAUCCUGGACAAGACCCCAAGAAAACUUUUCAGGAGAUGGACGCGCCUCUAUGCCCCCGGCUGGGGCACCGUCUUCCCAGUCUACACCAACUUGUUCAUCAUAGCUAUCUGCUACUCGUGCAUUGCGCCUCUUGUCCUGUUCUUCGCCGGACUGGGUCUAUGGUUCUUCUACUUCGCCUACCGUUACAACCUGCUCUACGUCUAUGAUGUCAACGUCGAUACGAAAGGGCUCGUCUAUCCGAGGGCGUUGCAACAGCUAUUCGUGGGUCUCUACCUGGCCGAGCUGUGCCUCAUCGGUCUCUUCGCGAUCAAGCUCGGCGAGAGCGGCGCUAUUGGUCCUUUCGUCCUGAUGAUCGCCUUCUUAAUCUUCACGGCUCUGUACCACAUCUCGCUCAACGCGGCGCUGAAGCCGCUACUCCAGUAUCUCCCGAAGAGCCUCGAGGCUGAGGAGCGCAGCCUGCUCUCCGCUGAGAACGGCAACGGUACCGUAGACGGCAGAGAGAAGAAUGGCACGCACCACGCCGAAGGCAACGCUACCCCCAAUAAGAAGCCAGGCAUGCUGGCCAAGUUCCUGCGGCCCGACAAGUACAACGAUUAUAGGACCAUGCGCCGCCUUGUGCCCAGGGACUUUGCUGACAUCAGCUACGAACCGGAAGUGGCGCGAGAUGCCUAUUUGAACCCAGCUAUUACGUCCACGCCGCCGCUGUUGUGGAUUCCGAGGGAUCCAGCUGGUGUGAGUAGGCAGGAGGUGAGGGAUACUGGCAAGGUAAUCGCCAUCACGGAUGUCGGGGCGCAUCUGGACGAAAAGAACAAGAUCGUAUGGGACGAUCCAAACAUCUCGGCGCCUAUUCAUGAGGAGAAAGUGUACUACUAG